UUUGGGCCACUCUUUGCAAGAAACUUGUGUAGCUGCUGCGUCAGUAGUCAAAGUCACGCAAUGGUGAAAAUAACAUCUUGAUCUAUGCUCCCCGGGCCUACCUCCGCAUAUGGCCGCCUUAGUGCGCGAGUGACCCGAGUAGAAGUGGUGCCAAUAAUCAACAACGUACACACGCAGUUGUGAAAUAUCAAAGUUCUUUUUGACUGACUACGCGUCUUUGUCUUUGCCUCCCAGUGCAAGAUGAAGUUCUCAUCCCCCUCUGCCUCUCUGCUGGCUCUUGUCUCUAUUGCUGCUGCUGUGCCUAAGAGCCGUAAUGACGGUGUUAUUCGAAUUCCUCUUGCCCGCAAGAGCACUGACGUCGCCGGGCAUGUUGAUAUGAGUGCUCUCAGUGCACACCUCUUCAGCGUUUCGAACAAGUAUCGUCAGACAUUUUCUGCAUUCGAAGCUAAUACCGGUUAUGCUCAUCCUUUGAGCGCGAAGAUGAUGUCUUCUAUAAGAGAGCGUGAUGUUCCGCUCAUCAACCAAGGAACUGAGCUGUGGUAUGGCGAAAUCGAUGUGGGCACGCCACCACAGACGUUCAACGUAUCUAUCGACACAGGAAGCACGGACCUUUUCCUUCCGUCUGUGUACUGCGUGGAUUGCGAAGGCCACAAUAUGUAUCAUGCUGUCCUGUCUUCUACAGCCCAGGACGAAAGAAAAGGUGUUACGCUCUCGUAUGGUGAAGGUGAAGUAAUGGGAGAUGAAUAUAGCGAUGACGUAUCCCUUGGUGGCUACAAGGCUUCCAGCCAGACGUUCCUUGCUGCCAAUGAGUACUCCAGCAACUUCAUGUACCCAGAGUUCCAGCCUGACGGUCUUCUCGGUUUUGCUUUUGAGCAAAUAUCUGGUCUUAAGGCUAAGUCAGUCUUUGAGACAAUAAGUGACAGCGGGGUACUCCCAAAAAGCGUGUUCAGUGUCAAACUUUCUUCUACAGCCGGGGAGAGCGAGCUCAGUAUCGGAGCGACCAACCCCAAUCUCUACAUUGAAGACACCUUGACCUAUACGGCCGUUACCAAUGAAGGCUACUGGCAAGUGAAUCUAGAGGCAGUUUCGCGAGGUGGCUCUACGGUUGCCGGUAACAGCGCAUCUAUUAUCGAUACCGGGACCACGAUGAUCAUCACAACUGAUGCUGCAGCGGAGGCAUACUACCAGGAUAUUCCAGGUUCAAGCAACAGUACUCAAGAGGGAAUGACAUAUUAUACCAUUCCGUGCGACACGAUCGGGUUAUACACUCCCACAUUCUCAUUUGGUGGGCGCGGCUUCGAUGUUUCAGAGGAAACGUUCAAUCUUGGCCCGGAGAGCGAGGGUUCAAGCGACUGCGUGGGAGGUAUUGCUGGGAGGUCAGAUAUUGACUUUUGGGUUGUCGGGGGCAUUUUCCUGCAGAACGUUUACACAGUAUUCGAUCAGGGAAAUACUCAAGUGGGCUUUGCUGAACUGGCAUAAUCCUCAUCCUCUUCAUCCUCUGCUUGGAUUUGCCAUAAGGACUUAGCAUAAAUAUCUCGUUUUCGAUUGCAGGUUUGGUACCUGUGUAUCACAUAUACCCUUAUACCCUUACAAUUCUGCCAGUAUUCACCAUUUAUAAUUUCCUUUUGUUGAAUACCGACAAAUGUCAGCCGACUGAUGUAGACGAAAUUGACUCGAUCUGAAC